AUGCGGUUCCUGAUAUGCCUAAGCAGAGGCAUUCUUGGUAUUCUUUACACUGCUCAAUUCAUAAGCGCUCUCCAAAUACUCGAGUCCACUGCCCUCAUUCCAUGCUCUGAUAAUAGUGUUAUCAACACCAACUUGUUUAGGAUGGCGUUGACACCCGAGAACAACAGUCUUAUGGUCGAGUAUGACGGCGAGAUCACCUUCUCGGGGAUGGCCAUGUUGGAUGUGGACGUGCUGGCCUAUGGGUACAGCUUCCUGACCAUGCGGCUAGAUCUAUGCGACUAUGAUUUGUCCGGAUUCGGUCCCAUGAUACCGCAAAACCUGACCGUGCCGUAUGCAAGUUUGACUUUGUCAGUUAUUGCCUACACUAUUCCUGAUCUGGAUGCCGUUGUUCGAGUCAACAUGAUAUCUAACUCGACAAAUCGAAGUGUCACUUGUAUUGAGGCCUGUGUGAUCAAGAGUAGUACAGUCUACCUAGCCGCGGUUGGCUGGACACUUGCCGUUAUCAUCGGACUCGGCCUCUUUGGGAGCAUAAUGCCCUCGGCUCUCAGCUAUCUCAGCAUCUCAAACCAGAUUUCAUUCCGCACGUCUCUCCUGCUGAACUUCAUGCAAGGUCAAGCCAUGGUGGGCCUCAAUGCGAUGGAGUUCAAGCCAAUGAUACAAAAUUGGAUCCAGAAUUUUCAAUGGACCAUGAGCAUAGUACAUGCAGACUUUUUGGAUACUAUCACGACUUGGUUCCAGCGGUCAACAGGAGGAACACCUUCAACCUUAUAUUCCGAAGCUAGCACUAUUUCAAUCGGCCUCCUCAAACGUUCCGAAGAAGCACUGAUAGGGAGAAGCGUGCCAGCAUCAGGUGAUGGAGCGGAAGUCCUCCUCCAUGGCAUCAUUCACAUGGGAUACCGUGCAGGCCUUGAGUCCACCAACAUCUUUAUGACCGGACAUCUGGUCUUUCGCUUUAUCGCCAUGGUCAUGCUCCGGGCUAUCAUCGCCCUCAAGCUCGGUCUAUCCGUAGUUCUGAAAAAGACCCAGUGCACAAAGUCCGGCUGUUCCUUUGCUACCCUGGCUGACUGGCAGCACUUUAUUAGAGGCAGUCUUUGCCAAAUCGCGUGUCUUGGCUACCCGCAAAUAUAUGUUUUUACCAUGUGGGAACUGUGGCAGCAGGACUCGGCGGCCGAAGUCCUGCUCGCUAUUACGCUAUGGCUCGCCACGACUGUGAUUCUUGGUCAUGCAACGUUUAGGGUCCUCCAACAUUCACGCACAGCGAGAAGGUCAAAUGAACCUCUGAUGUGCUCGCUUCAUUUUGAUUCACCCUGCCUGGCCAAAUGGGGCCAUCUGUAUGCCCAUUACAGGGCCCAUGCAUUCUACUUCAUCAUCCCGCUACUACUCUACACAGUCUUGAAAGGGAUGACUAUCGAGGUCGCCCAACAGAACCCUAUAGCGCAGGUUAUAGUUCUUCUUAUUUUGGAGGCUGGACUUCUGAUUGGUACCGCAACUGUCCGGCCAUAUAUGGGGAAAAAGGCCAAUGUAUUCGCCACCACUGCUGCUGCCAUCAAUCUUGUCAAUGUCAUCUUCUGCGUGGUCUUUACUAAUAUCUUUGAUCAGCCGGAUCUCAUGACAGGCAUCGUGGCCCUCUUCUCCUUCCUCAACGCGGUAUUUACCCUCGUACUCGUCAUCUUCUUGCUCACUGGCAUUGUCUACACCUGCUGGGUGAGCCAAUCCCAGCCUAUGAAGUAUCAACUGGGAGUCUGGGACAGAUUAGAGAAACUUUUAUCGUACCAGCUUACUGCAAUCGGACCAACUAUUCGGCUUCCCGGUAUAUAUCUAGUGGGAAUUAGCCCAACUUGA